CUGUGUGCUGUCAACACCGGUAGGGCAAGCAUGAUCGAGUGCCUUCUCAACAACGGCGCUGACGUCAAUGCUGCCUCGCCGCUCAUGCUACACCAGGGAGAGGACGGGAGAAUGUCUCUCUGUCAAGGGGUUCGAGCUAUUCAUGUCGCCGUGAUUCACCACGACCGAAAGUGCCUCAAGGUACUUAUUGACGCAGGAGCAAACCUCGACGUUACGUAUUCUGGGGGCGUCACACCUCUCAUGGCCGCUUGCAAGAUGAGGGUCGAGGAGCACGGCAUAGAAAUGGUGAAAGAGGUUAUCGAAGCCGGCGCGAAUCCUCUUAUCCAGGACAACAAACGCUGGGCCUGCUUGUGGUACGCGAUCAAUCUCGGACGGAUUCGUACCAUUCAAACAAUCUUAUCUGUGGCGCCGACAACAGUCAACCAGGUAGCCCCGGACGGUUCGACGCCCCUCUACAUGGCGUCAGGGUUUGGCCAGUACGAGGCAGUGUCCCUGCUUCUGUCGGCUGGUGCUAAGCAAACUCGCUUGUCCUUCGAGAAGGGCAAGUGUCCGCUGGACGUUGCCGUCAGACAGAACCGCACAGACGUAGUGCGCGUGCUACUCAGCGACGGGCUGCAUGCCAUCGGCGGCUCGCUCGUGCUUCCCCAAGCUACAAGCUAUCUGCGACGCCGUGAGGAAUCCGACGGGGGUGAGAAAAAUGGUUCGCAUGCUGCUGGCCGCGGAGGGAGACGCAAGGCAGCGGUAUUGGGCGAGGAGCUGAUUCCAGCUCACCCCUUUGCUUGGCUGGGCCGCGGCAUGUAG